ACGGAUUCUUUGACAAGGCGGAUCGCCCUGCCUAUUCCCCCAAGUCGCUCGCAAUACGGUAUUCAAGACCUCCAACAGCUCCAGAGAUGUGGCGCCCCUUCUCUCCCAACUUCUUGAAGUCUUUCCAGCAGAAAAGCUACCGGUAGGUUUACAUUUGCCAAGUAGGACCUCCACUGGUGUCAGGAAGAAGUAAGUGCUGGCGCUUCAAACCGUCGAUGCCCAUGUAUCGGAUAGACCGAAGGCUGCGAUGCGCUUUCGUGGGAUUCUGUUUUGUGAAAGGGGAAACUUCAAACAAUCCCCAGCAGAGUUGGGUCAAAACUGGAGACGGGCACCUUGCAUGCGACAGGCCGCCCGGGGUGGACAGCUGGGGUCUUCCGAGGCACCCACGUUUCUUCCUGUUACUUGGGUAGACUGCUGAGCUAGGUACUUGAUUGAGAAGAUGGCCGGCAAGAUCUGAACAGCUUUCGAACGCUGAGAAAAUUAGAUUGCUCCUGCAAAACCAGGGCGCCAAAUCUCAGGCCAAGAGAGAAGUAAUUACCACCCCUUCGGCAUAUAUUCUGGAUCUAUCUGUCUCAACUCAUCACGACCACCUCAUCCGUCCUGAGCUACUGGGUACUGCGAUAAGCGCAGCGCAAUCAUGACAACUGCGGCGCGCAACCUGCGCAUGCUGGUCCACAGCAGGCGGACGCUCCGCGCGCCCCUCUCUAGUUAUGUCUCCCCGCUGCAGGAGGCAGUCCCGCGCACCUUAGAUCCGGCCUGUGCAGUGCGAUCAGUAAACACAGACGGGGGGGCUGGCUCGGCGUCCAUCAAGGAAGACGAGCCACACUUUCGGACGGUGAAUGUGACGUCUGCAGGAGAGGGGAUGGCAUGCAGGCACCAGGCAGUGAAGCACGAGCUUACAACCGACGAGCCUGUAAGAGCAGGUGGCACAGACAAAGGUCCUGAUCCACUUAGUACUUUACUGGCCAGCUUGACUGGAUGCACCCAGUACACGGCGCACUCUGUUGCCAAGGAGAAGGACAUUCCGCUGGAGGGCAUCGACUUCGACGUGGCCGGCACGUUCGAUGUGAGGGGGUAUCUGGGCGUGGGCGACGCGCCCCCUUAUCUGCAAAAGGUCAAGCUGCACGCACACGUCAAAACCUCAGCCGAUCAGGCCGCUGUCGAGGAGUUGAGCAAGGAGGUGCUCCGGCGGAAUCUGGUGGCGGGGCUCUUCCGAAAGGCCGGAAUUGACAUGGACUAUAAGUUCAGCAAGGCCUCGUAAAGCAAGCGGUAUCCAUUAUAGAAAGAAGAGCAGGCUAUUAGCUGAUGUUUUGUGUUCUGUGAACGGCCAACCCCAACUGCCAUUGCAGUGGGAGUGAAGCAAAGAAAGUCAAAAGUCGCAACUUGUGUUAAUGUAAUUUACAAAACCGGCAUAUCUGCUCUUGUGUGAGCCGGAUGUCAGGAAGGACGACCGUCGAUGGAACGACGAACAGGGUGGACACUUCUAUGUAUACUACCUCUCACACUCUCUAAUGUCACCCCUUGUAAGAGUCCGCUCUUUCACGAGCAAAUGAAAGCUAUACAGUUGCAACGUCCAUAAAGCUGUGG